CUGUAAUCCGUUUGAUGUUCUCUGUCCAAACGGCGGCGGCGCCAGCGGCUCUCCGGGAGACCAGAGACGUGUUACUGCAAAGCCAUUUGAACUCUAUUGUCAUUUCUAUUGUAUCCUUCACAAAAGGAAGGUGUGCUCAGGAAAACGAGAAACUCAAUACCGAAAGUGUCUGCGAGAUUGACUAGCAGAUAGAUACAUGACAGUCAGUUACAUUUCUUCUUUGCAUUUACACUUUCAGUCACUUUACAGCUGAGACAGAAUUAUCCAGGUAUAAAUUAUAACACAUCAAGAUUAAAGAUCCAACACCGGCUCUCGGACAUGACCACAGCACUGCCCUUUACCAGUAUUUCAUAAUGUUGAAUAUAAUACGUUCAUAUUGUUGAAUAUAUCUAUAAAAAAAAUAUGAGCUAAUAUUAAGUCUGAGUUUCCACUAGGUGUAUUAUAACAUCUUGAGGAAAAGAAACCCCGUGAAGAUAUCACUUUCUGAGAAAAACAAAAAGUAAGAUAUCUAAACGUCUUUCACAACAGCAUAUGUGCAUUUAGAUAAUAACUAAUAAAAACCUACAGAACACCAGCACUCGUGUCUAUAACUUUACUUUUAAUAGAAUUACAAUCAUUAAACUAUUUCAGAAUUGUUUGCAGUCUUUUGCAAACACUCAGUCAUAGUCUAUAUAUCGUCCAUUAUUCUUGCAAUUCUACGUUUGCAUACGUUUCAUUCCAGUAGGCCUACUGUUAAUCAGAAAUUAUUCUCAGCCAGCUGUUGGAUUAGUAAAGGAGAAGCAGACAGCUGAUGUCUCUAGAGAUGUUCUCACAGACUUAGUGGCGCCAGGUUUUCACACAAUCACAGGAUAUGUAAAGACUUCAAUAACGACCCAUUAGGCCUAAUGAUUGCGAGUCGAGCGGGCGUUAAAACACAUACAUGCAUAUGCUAAUGCAGUCUGGUGUCACGAGGGUAUAUAUACAGAGGUUUCCCUGUAGGGCGCCACAACACUCUUGGGACUUUCACUGGAUACAUUUGGAAAACCUCGAGCUCAAACAUGGUGAAAAACUUUUCCGUGGACUGGCUUGCCCAGAGCUACCAUGACUCCAAACAGGACUUGGAACCAGUGGAGAUUUCUGAGGCUCCAGUAAGACGACACGUACCUUGCCUGGUCCAGCCACGGCCUCCGACUUCUUACGACAAGGUUUACAUUCAGCCUAAAUUGAAAUGUAGCCCGACUGAGGAGGACACAAGCACAGAGGAACAGAAGGACAGGGAAGGCAUCGUGUUUACGCACUCAGCUCAAAGAAACUGCACAUCUCCAAGCUCUUCAGAGAACAGUGGUUACUCUUCUGGUUAUGAGAGCGAGGCCGCUGCGUCCGAGUGCCCAACCAUUGAAGACGGAAGUGAGGGAGAGAGAGAUGGAGGCGUCCAGCGCCGUAUCAGGACCAAAUUCACUCCAGAGCAAAUUGAGAAGCUGGAGAAAAUCUUCAGCAAACACAAAUACCUGGAUGCGAGUGAAAGGGUUAAAACCGCACAGAAACUCAACCUAUCCGAAACUCAGGUUCGGACUUGGUUUCAGAAUCGCAGGAUGAAGCUGAAACGUGAGGUUCAGGAGCUGAGGGCUGAAUACACACUCCCAGCUUUGCCCCACGUCCUCUUCCCAGCAGUACCUUCGCUUCCCUUCCACUACCCCGGACAGCGCGUGACCUUCCCCGCAGCUCCGCAUGUGCCAAACCCGCACGUGAUCCCAGCCAUCCCUGUCCACCACCGCGCUAUCCCUCACCAGCAGAUCAUUCCUCAACACGGCCACAUGCUCCCCAUGCAGCAUUACUAUUAAGACUUAUACCAUAAAUACCAUGAUAGAAUAUGUGGACACUUACUUUU